GGGCGAAACUUCGGGGGCCAGAUGCCCCAGGGCGCGGCGGCGCUGCCAGGCUGCCGCUGCUGCCCCUGCGGGCCCCGGGCGCGUCUCCGCAGGCGGCACUGCCUGCGGCGCGGCGUGUGCACCGAGCGAGUGAAGGUAUGUGUGGCGGGCGCGGCUGGAGCUGCCGCCGCCGCCGCACCAGCAGGUCCUAAUGCCUGUCACUUCCCAGGACGCUGGCAGCAGCAGCCCGGAGCCCCCGAGCCCUCCGCAGGUUUGCCUGUCCUUCCCCGCGAUCUGAUUGGAUAAAGUGGGGGCUCGACGGUGGCCGACGUGGGACAGUCUGGCUGUGGCAGGGGUCUCGGAAACCAUGGGUUAUUGCAGUGGCAGGUGCACGCUUAUCUUUAUCUGUGGCAUGCAACUGGUACUGAAGAUGGAUGGGGAUCAUUAGGUAUCUCUUAUUAUAUUGUCCCACAAAUAUCUUAACCGUUUGUGUGCUGGAGAGGCAAAUAUUUGACUUCCUUGGAUAUCAGUGGGCACCUAUCCUGGCAAAUUUUGUACAUAUUAUUAUCGUCAUUCUUGGUUUGUUUGGAACUAUUCAAUAUAGACCUCGUUACAUAACAGGAUAUGCUGUCUGGCUAGUCCUCUGGGUUACGUGGAAUGUGUUUGUUAUCUGCUUCUAUUUGGAGGCUGGGGACCUCUCAAAGGAAACAGACCUUAUCCUGACUUUUAAUAUAUCAAUGCACCGAUCUUGGUGGAUGGAGAAUGGACCAGGAUGUACGGUGACGUCAGUGACACCCGCCCCAGACUGGGCCCCAGAAGACCAUCGCUACAUCACGGUCUCAGGGUGUUUGCUGGAGUACCAGUACAUAGAAGUGGCUCAUAGUUCCCUCCAGAUUGUCCUCGCACUGGCAGGUUUCAUCUACGCCUGUUAUGUUGUGAAAUGUAUAACUGAAGAAGAGGACAGCUUUGAUUUCAUAGGUGGCUUUGACUCUUAUGGCUAUCAAGGGCCUCAGAAGACAUCUCAUUUACAACUACAGCCUAUGUACAUGUCAAAAUAAUACAGAUGACCGCAGUAUGUCAGCCCACGAACCUUUCAAAGAACUUUUUUCGCAGUGGCCUCCUGCACUUUAUGAAGAGCAAGAAGCAACCGACUUUAAAUACAUAUACGUAUUAACAAAACAAAUGCAAAGCCUCUACACACAACACUGACACACACACACGCACACGCACACACACACGUGAGCACGCACACACCAAUUCCACUUGACCUCCUCUUUCUAACUGAAACAGACAAAUAUGCAGGACACGCCCAUCUUGGAUUUCCUGAAAGCAGGCUCCUUUCUCCCAGGCCUUUGGAAAGUUCAAAAGGAGAUGUGUUGAUGCCCAACGGUUGCUGGCCGUUGCUAAUUCCUCUGCAGCCCAGCCGGUCGGCCUCUGUGAGCUGGGAAGUCAUCCAAGGCACGUUAGUUUGGGAGCUCUGUCUUCUGCACUCCACACAUCUUGACAGCAACACAGCUACUUAGGCAAUGUAAUUGCAAAAACAAACAAAACAUGUCAUGAUGACCUUGUACCCGAAGUCCGAAAUGGCAGAUUGUUUGCCCUAAAGGCUGUACCGUACAUACUUGCCUUAACCCACCUAUGUUGUGUGCCCAGGAAUCUCAGUGCAGACAGCCCCAAGUCACUUCCUUUAGGCUAACACACUGCUAUUAAUUCUGAAUGAGUUCAAGCCUGUGUGUUUCAUGUCAAAGAACAAGACUGAAUAGCUCAGCAGCUCCAGUGUGUCUAUAUAAGAAAAGUGCCAGCUGUCAGCAAAGUGCUUUACCAUAGAGCCUCCUUGGUGGCCCAAAAGAGACAAGUAACAAUAACAGUAUUUGUCAUCUUUGUAAUUCUAAAAUAUGGUCUUCUGAUGGGGUUGGGGAUGGGACAGAGUAAAACAUUAAUCUACUAAACUCACUAAUCUACUGGAAGCAGAAAGCAGAAAUGGCUUAACUCGCUGAUUUUAUUUACUGCACUCUAGGUGCUUUUAUAAGUAUCUACAAUUGUCUUUUACUAACACAGAAACAGCUGUGGAUUUCUAUCAACAGAGGCCAACUGAAUAUGUAUUAGCUAUGUUUACUCUUUUAUAUCUAAUUCAAAUUGAAGACUCUACGUAGGUGAACUUUUUUUUCUAACUUCAGCGUACAAGAUUAUUUUUGGGUGGGUGGGGGGAGCAAUAGUUACCUUGGUGAAAUAUUUGAGAUCUUUUUGUGGUAUUUGGGGGAUCUGUUGUGUGUUAGAGUGUAUUUCAAUCCUCCUGUAUUAUUGUGGCAGAAAAAACUGUGCUGUUAACGUAGUUGGCAACAAGAUGCCUUUGGAAACUUAAUAGUAGGUCAAUGUGUUUAUGGAAUAUUCUGAACUCCUAGGAAAUUUUGUUCUAUAUUUUAAAGCAUUAUUUGGUUUUCAUUAGUGGAAAACAUAAUUAGCUCAGGCUUAUCAGGAACUCAGAUGAGUCGUAUCUUUUCUUGGAUACACCUGAGACAUUAAACUCAAUUUUUUGAAACUAACACACCAUUCUUUAGUGCAGUGAAAUUCAGAAGUUAGAAAUUGGCAUGGAGCAAGUUUUUUCUUUGGUUUCUAUGAUGUUUCAGUUAUUGGAUUAAACUACUUUGGACCUUAGCCCAUUCAGAUCUACAUACACCAGUUCCAUUACUGUGUUUGCAUGGAUGUCUGUAAUAUACACACACAUAAACAUUUGAAAAUGAUAGAGGAACAAAGAGUUAUCAUUGGAACAUAAACUAUAAAAAAAGAUUCCAGCACUCAUGCUUGAAUUUCCUCAGUGGGUUGUAUGUUUGUCCAUACAUACAUGUAUAAAAUAAACAAUGACGAACAUGUCAGUGAAACCUCAUAAAGCGCUUUUAUAGUGACAUGCAUGUUUAAUGUAUGAGAAAAAUAUUUACCAAUGUAUUGUCCUUUGAUUCCUAAAAUAUAAAUACUAUACAUGCCACAAACUAUUCUAAUGUGACUUUUUAUGUGACUAUUAAAAUGAGGUUUCACUGUACGUUCAUGCUGUGGUGACAUCUCACCUUAUAGUACAUGUAUAUGGCUACAGAAAAUAAGCCCUCAUAUUCCUGCUUUCAGUUACAGCCAAGUUUUCACCAAAUCACGACUAUCAUCACCACCAAAAUUUUAAAAAACAGUAGUUGACUACUAAAAAGUAAUCGGCGGACAGGUCUUUAAUGGGAGUAGUAAGCACAGUAGUGUGGUUAUAUCUGGGAAAACAUCUACAGUUGUACAGCUGUAUCCUCCUCAAAAUCCGGUGAAGAAUGCUAUUUUUCUAGGCUGAGCUUUUGUUAUAAACCUAAUAUUCAGAAGGCAAGAGUUAUGAUCCUGAUGUGUCCUUUUUUUUGCAUUUGUUAAUUCUGAAUGUAUUUUUAACAGAGUGAUUUUUUUGACUUACUCGUGUAAUUUGCAUUUUAAAAAUAAAUGGAAAAAUGCUUAA